AUGUUUUUAAGAUUUGAACCGACGAAGUCAACGAAGGGCGCAAGCAAAAUGCGCCGGGAUCUAAUUAAUGCGGAGAUCUCAAACCUGCGUGACCUUCUUCCGCUGCCUCCCUCCACCAGACAGCGGCUCUCCCAGCUUCAGCUCAUGGCCCUGGUUUGCGUUUACGUCAGGAAGAUGAAUUACUUUCAGCAAGUGUUCAAGAGUCACGACUUCAGCUAUCAGUAUCAAGAACAACCUACUCCCACACCUAAUAUCGGAUUUUCAAAGGCCAUGAACGGUUUUAUGAUGAUGAUGACACAGAGUGGGAAACUGCUGUACAUAUCGGAAAACGCGGCCGAGUACUUGGGACAUUCGAUGGAAGACUUAUUAAUACACGGAGACAGCGUAUAUGACAUAAUAGAUAGACAAGACCACCAAAUGGUCCAAAUAGAACUAAAUAGGGGAAGUAACGGAGAGACUGAAAAUGUACCAAAGAAUAGACAUUUCUUCUGUAGAAUGAAUGUGUCAAGAAACGCUCGCAGACAAAUGAGAUUUGGUGACCAAAAAGUAGUUUUAGUUCAUGGCCACUAUGUGUCAUACCUACCCCUCUGCAGCCGCAACGAGCCCGUAUUCCUAGCAUCAUGCACUCCCCUCGCGAUGCCGGAGACGAGGGAAUGCGUCGUGCAUGGCGCCACCAACGUCUUCACCAGCAUUCACGCUAUGGACAUGAAGAUACUGCAUAUUGAUGCUAAUGGCGAAUGGUAUUUAGGGUGGAAUAAAGCUGAGCUAAUAGAUGUGUCGUGGUACCAAAUAUUACAUUGGGAUAGCAUACGAGAAGCCCAAGCUAAACAUAAAUUAAUAACGCAAUCUGAACAGGAUAAAUGCUGUAUACUUUUAGUAAGGCUUCAACAAAGAUCGGGAGAUUUUCUAUGGAUACACAUGGUUCUACAAGUAAAAGAGGCUACGGACACUCCUAGACAAUUUAUUGUGGCUACAAACCAAGUCUUAAGUGAUGAAGAAGCGUCAAUAAUGGUCGCGAACUCUUGGCUCUACCAAUAUUAUGGGUACCAGAACCAGCCCUGUGGUAUACUUGACCCGCGCUGUCAAAAGUUCUUCCGGCGCGAACCUUGCUACCAAGAGACAUAUCAGGAGUACCAAUAUAUAGAAAAUAAUGACGUGGAGUAUCCCGCCUAUGUACCGUAUGUUCCUAAACCAGAAGAUUACGUGUGUGAGAGGCUGUACACUGAUAGAGGACCUGUGGACUACUCUACGCAUUCGCCACAAUCGACGAUAAGCGAAGAAAGGUCACCAAAUCACUACGAGAUGUCACCUGAAGCAAUGAACAUGUACCCGUACUCCUAUCCUGGAAAGAGAGAGUACUAUGAACAGUUCACUCCCGUGAACUACCCCCAGGAGCCAUAUCCGAGCACAUGUAUGGAUGGUACAGAAUACCCAUCACCAAAACGCAUGCGCCUUACAAACCUCGGCGUUGUAGAGGGGACAGAUGCCAUGGACCGCUGGAACCCCAGUCCACCUUGGUCAGACAACCUCAAGAUGACAGAAUACACGCAACGAUUCACAUAUAAUAUACUACCCGUACCCGCGGAGAGAGCUAUGGUCACUUAA